AGGGGUGUGUUGUGUUCAAGCAAUUUUGUUAUUGAAAAGUUCCAACAAUCUACUUCAAAUUUUUUAUAGAGCUCGUGAUUUUUGUGGAACUUAUGCUGAAUGACUAAGUGACCAAUAUUUAUUUGAAGCACAGGGUUAACAAACCAAAUAUCUGUCACUAUGGAGGUUGAAUUUGAAGAUAUUAUAGAGGAUGAUUCAAGGAAAAGCAUCAAUGAGUUACCUGAUGAAGUUCUAGAAUACAUUUUCAGCUUAGUGUCUCCCUACAAAGAUUUAAAGGAGUGUAUGCUUGUCAGCAAAAGAUGGAAUGAAAUAGUUAAAAAUGUUGUGAGACUUCUCACCCUUAAGCUUACCAAUGCUAUCAGCAAUAUGGAUGUUGCUUGGCAAACUAUUACUCCAGCUGAAAUGGCUCCGAGCAUCACCAAGAGAUAUUCCCAUUCAGCUUGCUAUCACGAAAAUUCCAUGUAUGUCUUUGGAGGUUGUACAUCAACCAGUACAACUUUCAAUGAUUUAUGGCGAUUGGAUCUAAAUAAAAGACAGUGGGUCCGGCCUUUAACCAUGGGCACAUAUCCAUCUCCUAAAUCUUGUGCAACUAUGGUUGAAUACAAAGAUGCUCUUAUUGUAUUUGGUGGCUGGACCCUUCCAUCACCCUUUCCUCUUCAUCAGGCUUGGAGGCUGUUUAAUGAACUACACAUUUAUAGUAUUGUAAAAAAUCGCUGGAUGUGUAUAAACACAGCAUUUUCACCACCUGGAAUGGCUGGUCAUUCUGCAUCAGUCCAUGGAGACACAAUGGUGGUAUUUGGCGGACUGAAGGCUGAGCCCCAUGGACAAUACUCUUGUUCGAAUGAUGUCUGGUGUUUUGACCUGGAAACUCAAGAGUGGCAUAAACAAGCCACAUCUGAUGUCAAACCUCAUGCUCGUUAUGGUCAGUCGCAAAUCUGGUUGGGGAAAGACCACCUCCUUAUAAUUGGUGGAUGUGGUGGUCCAAAUAUGGUAUUCAAUGAUGUUUGGUUACUGUCCUUAGCUGGCAAAGUGUGGGUUUGGAGGGAAGUUGAGGUACAAAACCGUGAAUGGUCAGCUACUUAUAUGUGGUGCCAUCGUGCUUGUAGGGUUGGAAAUCAAGUUGUUAUGAUGAGCAGGGACCCUAGACCUCUCAAAAGAAAGCCUCAGAAUGGAGUUAAAACUAAACCCAGAUCUCGAAUAUCAUCUGUCUGGGUUCCUCCACGAUAUGAAGAAGCAGCCCCCAACAUGCCACAACGUAUUACUCCAGCCUUUCGUGUCGAUAAGGACUUUAAUGUUAAUGGUCAACGAGGAACAUUUUUACGGGGCAGUGUAACACACAGAAUGUCCAAUGGAGCUCCCAGCAAUGAACAUGCUUCUGGUUCAGAUUCUGACUCAAGACCUGGGACUAGUGGUGUGAAUGGUAUUAAAAGAUCAAAGAAUGCAGAAACACAAGAGAGUGUUCAUAUGGAAUGUGAGCCAGGUCCAAGUGGUGUGAAUAAUCAACCACCAAUCAACAUGCAUCCAGAUUGUCAACCUGGUCCAAGUGGAAUAAGCAAACCUGCUAAUACGAGCAGAAAUUCUAUUUCCCCUGGCAAGAGUGAUAAUAGUCCUGAUAACUUGGCUGCUUCAAGCCCUAGUACCCUAAACUGGGAUCGGCUAAGGCCAACCAAUCGCUCUCCUAAUGGGGAAAGUCCUAACCGUGCAGGUGCAAUUGUGAUGGCAGCUUUCCAGGAUGGGGAACAACCAGUUCGACCGGCCCCGUCAAGGGCUCGUGAGAGACAACUUCAAGCUCUUCAGAGGUUUGAGGAACGAAUGCGAUUUAAUAAUCAGCCUCGAGUUCAGGAGCCAUCCAAUAGUGAAGAUGCUCCUGUUAAACUUCAGAGGACCAUGGUGGUAUGUGUCAUGGAUAUCACAAAAAUUUUAGAAGAAGAGUGUUCAGCUAGGUGGUUAGCAUUGAAUACAGAAGCUCUCAGCACUGGUCCGGAAGAAACCCUUUUGUAUACACUUGUUGCUGGGCGAGGAGAACUUAUCAUGUUUGGUGGGAUUCAUAGGGAAGCUAUGACACUAAUGACUAACUCGCAAAUCAAUUCUGCAAGCAAUCUAUCAAAUUCAUUGCACUUUAUUUCUGCACCACAUGGUGUAAUUUGAAGACUGAAAAUAUCUCUGAACAAAAUGACUGGAAGUUUACUUCACCAUUUUUCCCCCUGUAAGAUGUGUUGAGUCAUAGUAAUGUUAAAGCACUGUUCCUUUAAAAAAUGCUACUUAAUAGUGCAUUGUUUAACUAAUUUUAAGUUUUGCCACUCAGCUAUUUGUUGAUAUCAAUUAGAACUUGAAAAGUAAUUUUAUUUUGUCUGGUUUUGUUUCAUGUUACAAUUUAGGUGAAGUUAUUAAUAAUUUCUAUCAAUUGAAUCUUGCUUUGGACCUUUACUUGUUAAUUAACCUCAACACUGCUGAAACCUUUGAUAAGACUUUGUUAUAUUACUUUUAUGCAAUAAACAAUAUGCUGCAAAGUUCC